UUGGCAAUGCGCGCACGUACAUUGAAAUAUCCAAAGUUAAAAUAAAUAUUGUUGACAUAAACACUGUUAAUUAAGAAUUUAGUUAUAAUUAUAAGUGAAGUGAUAAAAAUAUUGAAGUGAUUGACAAUGGCCAGUGGUAACGGAAGGUUGCAAUUGACGGAUGAUAAGAAACAAGUGAAACCUUUGAAUAUGUCCGAUGUGGAGAUGAUUUUCGGCAAACCCGACGGCGGGAAGAAAGAGAAUGAUGUUCACAAGGUCGUGAAUGAAAGGAGGAACAAUGAAACGAACCCAUCAAGCAAUGCUACCAAUAAAGCGGAAGACCAGGAGUCUCCGCGCGCCAGCCAGCCGCUGUUGGAGCCCGAUCGGGGCAAGCAGAAGCCGCCCAUUGCAGGGCCAGAAAUCGACGACCUGGAUGAUGAGAAGUCGGUGACCAACAAAGCUCCCUUCCCGGGCAUUGAUGACGGUCUAUUGGAGACAGAAGACAAACCACAUAAAGAACCUCACGAUGAAGAUGACGACGUGGACAAAGAACUCCCUCCCCACGAGGACAGCGCCGGCACAGACGAGGGUAAAUGGUGGCUCACGGGAGGGCAAGACCAGCCCGACUAUCCUUAUGAUAUAAAUGGCACCAGAUUUGAUAUUGAAGAUCGGCUGGGCUCUCCUAUACCAGGUGUUAUCCCAGACGUGAACACAUACCAGCAGAAGAAGAACCUGGCCCAGGGCAUGAUGGACCUGGCUCUCUUCACGGCCAACACCAACCAGCUGCGAUACGUCAUCGAGACUUCCAGCAACCAUCCGUACUACUACUUCAGCUUGGUUUCUAUAAGCUUCAGUCUAUUCUUGCAGAUCGCCGUCGGCAUCGGUCUAAUCCUGAACAGCCGUUACAACGUAAAAGACGAAAAGGACAUCUGCAAAGCGGACAAGAUCAACAACAUGACGGUCCUGGGGAUAUUCCUCAUCACAAUCGUCAACGUCUUCAUCGCCGCCUUCAGCGUAGCCCCGACCAGCACUGGUAUACCCGUGGUGUUACCAGCGCCCGUUCAACAGGCUGGAUAGUGAAUCUCGUAUAUUUAGUGACCUUUGUGACAUUUAGAGUGUACCUUGGAAGGAGAACUAAUUAAGGUCCACAAGAGUAUUUAUUUGUUAUUUACCGAGAUAAUAGCUUUGAUUGUUCUCAUAUAAUAUGCUGAAUUAUAGAAAGUCUGCAAGACCAACAAGUGAAUUGGUCAGUUAAUCAAAUCAGAUAAUGAAUAAUCAAAUAAUACUAGGUACUACUACAGCCUGGAAUGAGAAAGGUAACUUUGCUGGUAUGGUGAUCUUGUGUUAAGUGUGAAUUACAAAAACUAAGAAGUUACUUCUUACUUGUUUGUACUGACAUAUGUUAUACCCUGGUAUCACAAUCCUUAAUAUUCGCCAAGUCCAUUAAACUUGACCUUCUUCUUAGGUCUGUUAUCACUGCCAUAGUACUAACUAGCAAGUAUUCUUUCUCGUGGUUAUUGCUACUGACACACUCAGGGUAGUUUUUUAGACUAGACUCAACAACCACCAUCCACGCCACCUUCAUCACAAUCUAGGUAGAUAUAUGUAUUUAAUUGUACAAUACAACCAAUCAUACUUAGUUACGUACAUAUUGUACCUUUAUUAUGCAAAUAAAAGUUUGAGUUUUGAGUUGAGGGUCAAGUAUGUACCUUAUAACUUUUUAACGGGCACAAUUAUCUGCCGUUCUGUAUAAAGGACAUAAACGAGUGAAGAGAACAUUUAUUUUACCACAAAACCAAUAAAAACAACGCUAUGAUCGACAUAUUAUGCCUUGUUACAAUUAAAUACAUCUACCUAGAUUGUGAUAAACUUGUGGCGUGGAUGGUGAUUUUUCUCCCAAGGAACGGGAUACCUGAUUGUGUAAGACUUGUAAAUGUAAUUUUGCUGCAUUGAUUAGCUUCAUGUGUCACCCGACUCAAAAUUGUGGGUUGUUAAAAUUCUAUUAACAUCUCUUAUGAUAUGAAUCUCGUAUAUAAAAUCUCGUGUUAACUAGUAAUAAGAACAUUAUAUUUAAUUUUUUUUAUAUUCAAUGCAUAGCUAAUGCUUCUUUCAUGUACUAAAAGUACUUAAGUUUCUUGUGAGAAGUCUUUUUAUACAUUUUACUUUAUGAAAUUAUAAUAAUCUUGGACUUACUUUUCUCUAUCAGUUUUUGCCAGUUAACGGACUGAAAUACUGUGAUAUAAGACUGCACAUACUCAAAUUUCAAUACCUAUUUGGAUAUUUUAGUUCAAUUUUAACUCAUUAUUAAAAUAUUUUUGAUUUGAUCAAAUUUUAUGAACUGUAAAUAUUUUUAAGUGUAAAUAAAUAUAGG